UUCACUCAGUUGUUCAAAUUCCUCUCGCUCGGCCAAUCGCAAAUCCAUCGCUCGGAAAAGGUACUCUUCAAUCUCCAUAUUUCAAUUCCAAAAAACCCUAGUUGCAUUCAUAUGCUAUACGUAUAUCUAUAGAUCACAAGUUUUUCAAUAUACUCUGAAGUAAAACCCUAGAAUGGAGUGGAACCCCGAAACCCUACAAUUUCUGUCCCAAUGCUUCCUUAAUACGCUAUCUCCGUUACCGGAGCCACGCCGUCGAGCUGAAGCGGCACUUGCCGAGGCCUCUGAGAGAUCUAACUAUGGCCUCGCCGUGCUUCAGCUCGUAGCUGAGCCUUCUGUUGAUGAGCAGAUUCGUCAUGCUGCUGCCGUUAACUUUAAAAAUCAUCUCAAGGCCCGUUGGGCUCCAUCUCCUCCUAAAGAACCAAAUGUUCCAUCCUUAACCCCAAUUUCAAACUCUGAAAAGGAGCUUAUUAAGAGUUUGAUUGUUUCUCUUAUGCUUAAGUUGUCACCCAAGAUACAGUCUCAGCUCAGCGAAGCAUUGGCCGUGAUUGGUAAGCAUGAUUUCCCGUUACAGUGGCCCACUUUGUUGCCUGAGCUUGUUGCCAACCUUGUUAGUUUGACACAAGCGAAUGAUUAUGUUUCUGUUAAUGGUGUUUUAGCUACGAUUAAUUCUUUGUUUAAGAAGUUUCGAUAUCAGUUUAAGACCAAUGAGUUGCUUGUCGAUUUGAAAGAAUGUCUUGAUAAGUUUGCGAAGCCACUUUUGGAACUGUUUAAAAGAACAGUGAAUGUAAUCGAUCAAGCUGUGGCAUCUGGGGCUGCAGAUGCAGCGACUCUGAAACUGUACGUAGAGUCUCAGAGGUUGUGCUGUAGGAUAUUUUAUUCGUUGAAUUUUCAGGAGUUGCCUGAGUUCUUUGAGGACCAUAUGGAUGAGUGGAUGAUUGAGUUUAAGAAGUAUCUCACUGUGAAGUACCCCGUGCUUGAGGACAGUGGGAAUGAUGGUCUUGCUGUUGUCGAUGGCCUGCGUGCUGCAGUGUGUGAAAAUAUUGGUCUUUAUAUGGAGAAGGAGGAGGAACUGUUCCAGAAGUACUUAAGCGGGUUCGUGGAGGCUGUAUGGAGUCUUCUUGUGGUUUCAUCUGCAUCUUCUAGCAGGGAACGACUAACUGUUACUGCUAUCAAGUUCUUAACCACUGUUAGUACAAGUGUUCAUCAUGCUCUCUUUGAAAGAGAUGACAUUUUGGAACAGAUUUGUCAGAGUAUUGUUAUUCCCAAUGUGAUGUUGAGGGAUGAGGAUGAGGAGUUGUUUGAAAUGAACUAUAUUGAGUUUAUUAGAAGGGAUAUGGAAGGGAGUGAUCUUGACACGAGGAGGAGGAUUGCAUGUGAACUGCUCAAGGGCAUUGCCAUGCAUUACAAAGUCAAGGUCACGGAGAAGGUUUCCCUUCAAAUCAAAAAUUGUUUGGCCUUGUUUGCUCAGAAUCCAGAAGCAAAUUGGAAAUAUAAGGAUUGUGCUAUCUAUUUGGUCGUCUCCCUUGCAACUAAAAAGGCAGGUGGUAGUUCAGUCUCAACUGAUCUUAUAGAUGUUGAGAACUUUUUUGGUUCAGUUAUUGUACCUGAGCUGCAAAGUAGGGAUGUGAAUGCUUUUCCAAUGUUGAAGGCAGGUGCAUUGAAGUUCUUUACUAUGUUUAGAAAUCAGCUGCCAAAGGCUGUUGCAAUGGCAUUGCUUCCAGAUGUUGUGCGUUUCCUUGCUGCAGAGUCCAAUGUAGUUCAUUCUUAUGCUGCGAGUUGCAUUGAGAAACUCUUGCUUGUCAAAGAUGAAGGGACACGAGCAAGAUAUACAGCCACAGAUAUUAGUCCCUUUUUGCUUGUGUUGAUGUCGAACCUUUUCAGUGCCUUGGAGAAGCCAGAAUCCGAGGAGAAUCAAUAUAUAAUGAAGUGUAUCAUGCGAGUGCUUGGAGUUGCUGAAAUUUCUCGUGAUGUUGCUUCAGCUUGCAUAACUGGUCUGACAAAUGUUCUCAACAGAGUCUGCCAGAACCCAAAAAAUCCUAUCUUCAACCAUUAUCUCUUCGAAUCAGUCGCUGUUCUUAUUAGGAGAGCCUGUGAGAGGGAUCCUACUCUCAUAUCUGCUUUUGAAGGAAGCCUUUUCCCUAGCCUCCAGAUGAUUUUAGCUAAUGAUGUGAGCGAGUUCUUCCCUUAUGCAUUCCAACUGUUGUCCCAGCUUGUUGAGUUGAAUAGACCUCCUGUACCUCAGCACUACGUGCAGAUCUUUGAGAUUCUCCUUUUACCUGAGUCAUGGAAAAAGUCGGCAAAUGUUCCUGCUCUUGUUCGCUUGCUCCAAGCAUUCCUUCGCAAGGCACCCCAUGAGCUUAACCAACAGGGCAGGCUGUCUAAUGUUCUGGGUAUUUUCAAUACACUAAUUUCAUCUCCCAGCACAGAUGAACAGGGGUUUUAUGUGCUCAACACGGUUAUUGAAAACCUUGGGUAUGAUGUGAUAUCACCUUUUGUUGGCCACAUUUGGGUUUCACUUUUUAAUCGGCUGCAGCAUGGCAGAACAGUGAAGUUUAUGAAGAAUCUUGUGAUAUUUAUGUCUCUUUUCUUGGUCAAGCAUGGGUUACAAAAUCUUGUGGUUUCGAUGAAUGCUGUUCAAAAGGAUGUCUUCCAUACAAUUGUGGAGCAAUUUUGGGUACCUAACCUCAAGUUAAUCACAGGAUCAGUUGAACUCAAGCUGACUUCAGUUGCUUCAACUAAACUAAUAUGUGAAUCUUCAACAUUAUUGGAUUCUAAGGUUCGGGGCAAAAUGCUUGACAGUAUUGUUACUCUUAUCUCUAGGCCAGAGGAAGAGAGACUGUCGGAGGAGCCAGACGUUCCAGACUUUGGGGAGACUGUGGGUUAUAAUGCAACUUUUGUCCAUCUUUAUAAUGCUGGGAAGAAAGAAGAGGACCCUUUGAAGGAAGUGAAUGAUCCAAAGCAAUAUUUGGUGGCUUCCUUGGCAAAUCAUGCUGCUAGUUCCCCCGGGACAUAUCCACAACUUAUUAGGGAAAAUCUUGAGGCAGCAAAUCAAGCAGCACUUCUUCAGCUCUGCAGCUCCUAUAAUCUUUCAAUUGUUUGAGAACAAUCUGGGUGGUGGUACUCUCAGGAUCUGUCAUCAAGAAGACGUGUUCGUGGGUGCUCCGGAAAUUGGUUCUUCCCUCCUUGCACUUCUCUUUUAUGUUGCUUAUGGAUCUGCUUAUGGAAACCUUUCUCUUUUAUGUUGCUUAUGGAUCUAGUUUGCAAGUCGUCUUUUUUCAGUUGUGGAGUUUGCACUGUGCGUCCAGCUUUCCUUCUUUCAUCUUCCUGUCGCCAGUGGCAGUAGCCUCUAUUGCCUCUACAUUUCCAAAUGAGAAAGGUUUAGUCUUAGUCUUGAGGGAUAUAGUCAAGGGUUUGCUUCAUCAAGGGUUUUGAUGUGUAUGUGGUCAAGAAAAAAUAGAAAUGGUCAAACACCUAAAAUUUUCAAGGUUGAGUUGUUGUCAUGGUCAUUUUUCUAUUUCGUGCUUGUUAAACUUUGUGCUCACUGCUUCUACGGUGGAAUAUAAUCAUUGCGGCAUCUGGUGUAUCAGGAUUCAGGAUAGCAUUUUUAUAUGUUUUUCUCCCCUUUUUAAA